CCAACUUGGGGCACUUUUCUUUGAAUCUGUUUAACCUUAUGAGCAACCUUCAGCAUGACAGUUGACACUUGGGAUGCCUGUUCAUGCACAAAGACAGAGAGACUCUUCUUCGCAGUGUAUGGCUCAGCUGUUGCUGUGUGUUUGUGAGAUAUUUUCAUUGCCUACAGGGAUCGCCUUUCGGUGUCUGCAAGGCAUUUCCUCGUGUCUUUCAAUGGCAGGAUGACAAUCCGUGGUCGGAUUCUGCUCCUAGUCUGGAUUGGCAGCUUAGCAUAUCGCCCAGAGUAUGACUUUCAGCAUGCGCUCCAACCGUUGCAGGCAGGAACAGGAGAUGGCAAGUCGUCAGUGUCUCUACAGCAACGGGAUGAAGAUAAUAAUGCUUUGGCGACUGCGAAGCAUGUGACGGAUGCCUCCAAGGAUGCCGAACUUCCAGAUGUUCAUGCAAAAGAAAAAGAGGCCAUCGCGCAGCUCGCAAAGUUAUGGGGAUAUGAACCCAAAAGCAUACCUGAGUGCUGGAAAGCAAAGGAGACCCUGGAAAUUCUGCAUGUUGACAAAGGCUUCGAUGUGACGUGCCAAAAUGGAUCCAUCGUGAUGAUGGGAAUCAAAAGAGCAUCGCAAGCAAGAGCACAAGUGAGACUUUCAGAUUUGAACGCUCCAAUCCGUGACCUCCAGCGAUUACGUGCGCUUGUGUUAGAUGGCUCCCAUAUCACUGGACGCUUACAGGAGCUGAAGGAUUGGGACCUCUUCGACCGCUUGGAGCGUUUGCACAUGCGAUGGUGCAACAUUGAUGGUGAGUUGAAGCACUUCAACAACUUCACAAACUUGAAGUACUUGAAGUUGUCUGGACACAAGAUUCAGGGGUCUUUGGAACAGCUGGAGGAGGAUUUCUGGAAAAACAUCAUCAUCUUGGACUUGAGAAGCACUUCUGUGACUGGAGAUGUAUCUAGUGAAAAUUUGAAGGCUUCGAAGUUGAAGGGCUUGUGGUUGCAGAAUACCAACAUCACAGGAGAUGUCAUGAACAUUUUGUCGCAGAGUCCUGACAUGAAGUACCUUCAUCUCCAAAAAACCCAGGUGCACGGGUACAUGGUCCAUCCACGAGAUUUCAAGAAAGACGUGAAUCGAAGGCUUGUUCCAACUGCCAAGACUGAAGCUCAAGAUUCGGAACUUCAGGAAGUUCUUGCAGGACAAAAGCUCUUGGAGUUGGUGCUUUACAACACCGCCGUCCAAUUCGACAUCAAGCCACCUUUUGACCAGGCUCCCUUCCCCGAGCUGGCCAAGUUGGAUGUCACAGGGUGCAACCUCUCGAUGGAUGUGUGGGAUUUCCUUUUUCCUUUUGCCAAUACAAGCUAUAAGUUGGCAGAGGUGAGAGCAGCAAAAUGCGACCUGUACGGGACAGUGGAAGGAGUAUUUGCAGCGAAGAAUCGCCCCAUGAGAUGGCAAGUCAGUGUUCUUGACCUUUCGCAAAACAACAUCACCAGGCUUUUGGGCAAGCCACGCCCUUGUUGGGUUGACCUCAGCAACAACAGCAACCUCAACGAGAUCAAUCCCGAUUAUUUCAAGGAUACUACGUUUCUGGACAUUCGAAAUACAUCCUACAAUGGAGAUGAAGAGGAGAUCUGGAACUACAUCGAGAAAGAGGAGUUGACCGGUGGACUGUGGAAAUGCGCAGGCGUAAGGCCCAAGAAACCCAAUGGAAAUGGCAUUUCCAGAGGACGUGUGCUGGUGACACCCGACACAUUUGCUGCAAAAAGACUAUGCAGCUGCAUGAACAAAAACAUGGUGAAGGUGGUGAAAGAAAAACCUUGCUGUGGAUGUAAGAAAGGGAUGGUGGCGCUUAAUGUGAGCAACACCUCUGAUUGGUGCUAUUCCUGCUUUGGUCCAGGAUGUGACCUCGAGACAACUUGUUUCACAGAUGAUGCAGAUAAACAAUGCGCAAAUGGAUACACAGGCUCGUUGUGCGCCUCUUGUAAACCAGGUUGGCGUUCCAAGGGUUUUGCCCAAUGUGAGACAUGCAAAAGCCAGGAAACACAGCCUCGCGCUCCGGUGAUUUGCCUCGUGACAAUGAGUGCAUUGCUGCUGGCAGGACUUUCUUUAUGGAAAUAUGUAUGGCGCCCACCAGAAAGGAACACUGCAACAGAGCAGGGUAAACGGCUCUUGGAGUUGUUAGAGCAGCUCUUGCUUGUCUUGAGCUAUUGUCAGCUUUUGUACGCCAUCCUUUCCGUGCACUGGCGAGCAUCAACAAAUGAAGGUGAACAGAACGAGGGAGUGAAGUUCUCUAUCGUGGAGUUGGUACUGUUUGAUUUUGGAUGGUUAGUGGAUGUGCUUUCUGUUCAAUGCCUACUUGGAUACAAAGAUGGCCGUAACUUCGAAGUGCUGGUGUCCAUUUUUGCCUUGCCGGCGCUUGGUGUGGCUGCCUUGAUUCUUGGUCUGUGCAAAUGGCGUAGUCCAUUUUAUGGAUUGAAGUAUGCCAUUGCCAUCACAUCCAUCGCAUUUCAAACCGCCAUUCUGCGCACCAUUGAGAACCAGUUCUUGUGCCAAGCGCGGAGCAAGAUGGGAUUCUUGUUGGAAGAGGGAGCCUUCUUACGCCCGAGGCCCUUCAUUGCUUGCGGGGUCUCCAAUGUCAUAGAUCCCCUCAGGUACCGGCUUUGUGCUGCUCUUGCCAUCAACGGAGCCUUGAUCCCCGGUGGCCUUUGCCUGCUGGGCGUUUACAUCACUCGUCAGAUCCAAGGAGUCCAAGGUCUUCUAUCUUCGAUCAACCCAGUGAUUCAGUGUGACGCUUCCAACCCAGAUACAGUGACUUUGCACUUUGCCACCGUCCAAGUUGCAGCUGAGAAGCUUCCUUUGAGCAGAGAAGACUUGGGAGUUUAUGUGGAUCUCCCAAGUCAAGCCAUGUGGAUCCAUGCUGCGGCCUACGUGGUUUGCAUCGCCGAGUCGAUCGGCAGCACGCAUUUGGAGGUUGUGGAGGCCGACUUCAGCACGAAGGUGCCAGAGGCGGAAGUGAAGAAAAAGUCUUUGGACGUCUUGAAAUUGAAGUUGACAAAGGAUGCCCACUUCAAGGAAUUCAGCGGAAAGUCGCAACAGAUUGUUCUGCAAGAAGCUCGAGCACAUGCGCAGAGACUCAGCAAGAGAUUGCUGUACCGAGCCAUUGCCAAGCGAGUGACAACUGGGCCUAUUUGGGUUGGCGUCCGGAAUUCCUUUCACCGAUUUGCAGACAAGGACCCUCUGAUCUGCGAGGGUUUGCAGAAGUUUUUCUUGCUAGCUAUGGCCCGAAUGUGUGCUGGAGCAGAGGAUCCCGUAGACCAAAUGCAUUGGAUCGCGGCGGCCUUGGCCGCCACCACUUCCGGCAUCGUCAUCGCCAAGCCUUUUGGAAGCAAAUCUCGUAAUGAUUUGGCCACCGUUUGCUUUGGAGCUUUGUCUUGCACGGCAGGGCUUCUUUGCAUCAAUGGUUUUUCAGUGCUCCAGUUCGUGCCCAGUGUGGUGGUUGCCCUGUUCUUUCUCCAUUUGCAACUGAUGCCCGGUGACAUAAUGCUACAGACCCACUGGCUUCAAGCAGAGAUGAGAGAACAGCUGGGCGUCAGUGAAGAUCAGCCUGACGAGAUGAAAGACACCAAGGAGGACAACGAGAACGGGAAGACGAGAGACCACAAGGAGAGAAUGCCCACAGAGUUGCCUCUUGAGCUGCCCCUGCAGACCAGCGAAUGGAAUGCCGGGUGUCCUGCGUGGUGCUCGGAACUCGUCAUGCAGUAUCGUGGCUUGACAAGGGCAGUAUGGCACCGAAGAAGAUCCUCCAGCCUGGCUCUACUCGACCCAGGAAAUCAUCCUGACUCAAGUGAGCAGGCUGAACGCAUCCGAAACGGGCGUUCCUGAACCGGUCGGUUGGUAGCAACCGAAGGCCGCUUUGAGCAUAUCCAAAAGAGAUUCUUCCUUGUGGCCGAAGUGUUUGCAAGCAGACAUGAAAGUUGACAUGCAGUUUGCAUUAGAAGCUGAUGUUCCCCAUUCCCAAGAGCUGACCAAGAUGCUUUGCAAACAUGGUGUAAAGCAGGAAGCAUUAGCAACAUAGGG